AUGGCUUCACCAAGCGGUCCAAAAUGGCUCGAUGUCUACGACACGCCAUACGGAGGCGGUGCCAACAAAGUGGCCAACGGACUUCUCCUCGGCGUCACUGCCAUAAGUCUGGCGGCGUGUCUCGCCAUCACUUUGAAGACGAGGCGCUGUAUCAUCUUCAGCUCUGUUCUCUGUGUGGCUUAUAUACUUGAGAUUGCAGCCAUUCACCUCCAAACCGCCACCGUGCUCGAGUCUCUCGGGCCUCAGUACACCCUGCUCUCCCCCAACGCCCACCUCCGCCUGUUCAUCUGGGGUGACCUCCUUCUGCUCCUCCUCCAGACCGUCGCCGUCGGCGUUACCUUCACCGGCGCCCGUGCUGCCGGGCCAUGGGGUCUCCUGCUCGCCGGCACCGGGCACACAGGGCAGACCAUCCUCUCCGUCGCCCUCCUCCUGCAGACGCUUCUCCUGGCUGCUGCCCUGGGCCUCCUCGCCACAGCCUACGCCCGCGCCGGCAGCGCAGAGAGGCGGUACGGCCGGUACGCGACAUUCUCUCCGUCCCAGGACCAGCAGCACCACGGCAGACACAACCACAACGCCCGCUCCACCAUCUUCCUCGCCGCCCUGCCCGUCGCCACCGUCUGCGUCCUCGUCCGCUGCGCCUACCGCGCCGCCGCCUCCUGGGGCGGCCUCGGCAGCCCCCUCGCCCGUGACCAAACCGCCUGGCUCCUCGCCGAGGGCCUCCCGCUGACAGAAGCUCUCGUCUCCCUCGUCGUUUUCCACCCGGCUGUGUGGACGACGGCCAUGCACAGCACCGGCCACAGCAGCAGUAAAGAAACCACGGGGAAUCACCUCUACGACGUCGAGAGGACCGCGCAGGCGCCGUCGUCGGUGUUCCUGGGCAAGCAGGCCGGGGUGGCGGGCAAACGGCUCAGCUCGGGGACGACACUGACCACCCUAGGCAGCCCCCCGCCCGGCUACUACGGCAGCGGAGGCAGGGGUGGCGCCAUGGCGAUGGAGCAGAACAACAGGCUGGACGGCUACGACGACAGCGAUCUGGCCGCCGCCAGAGAAGCGAUUGCCUUGAGCCCGCCGCCCCUGUUCAGCUCGAACCUGAUCGCCGCGUCGGAAGCAGGCUCGUCGACAGACGGAGGGUCGUCGAGGCGUGGAUCGCGCAUACUAGAGGCAAACCCAUACUACCGAUUCGAAGAAGAAGAACAAGAAGGGGCAGGGUCAGAUUCGCCGUACUAUGCCAGCCGGUACUCACAGGACAUCACCGCCGCCGAGACGCGCCGCCUGUCGCCCAUGGAGGCAGAGGAAGAGGAAGAACGUCUCGAGGCGCAGUCGACUGUUGCGCCGCUCAGGCAGCCGAGCAGCAGGAACGGCACGAUGGUGUCUUCUUCUUCUUCUUCCUUUCCCAGCACCGGCCAGCAGCAGCACCAGCACCAGCAGCAGGAGGAUGACGACUGGGAGGUCGAAUCGUUUGUGCUACCGCCGCGGAUGCCGAGCAAGCGUGAUUCCCAACAACAACAACAACAACAACAACAACAACAACAACAACAACAACACCACCACCACCCCCACUCCCGCCCAUCCACACGCGAGGAGGACCAGGACGAGCUGGAGGACGCGGCCAUGUCAUCGACAUACUCAUCUUCCCUCUACCCGAGCAGGACAGGGACCCUCAGGGCUGGCACGGCCGACGACGACUGGGAGGUUGGAUCCUUUGUGCUGCCGCCUCGCAUGCCGAGCAGGAGGGUGCCAGAGGCGACCACAACGCCGGCGACGAUGCAGGACUGGCGCGGCGCGCAGGUGGCGGAUGAUGGAGAGCUUGGGCGGAGUGACUCUGUGUCGCUUUAUUCCCAGUAUUAGCCCCAGGUGAUAAUGAGGAGAAGUGAAGAAAAGAAAGAAGCAAAGGAACCAGAACGUUGGUUUGCGAAUAAACUUGAUACCCGGCGUUUUGGGACGGACUGGACUUGGAUGCUUGUCUUGGAUAAAGAACCCAUUGGGAAUAAAUGGUAAAUUAGUGUACUAAUGAAUAAAGAAAAUCAUGUCGUCUUG